AAAAUUUAGUUGAAAUGGAGCCCAAUCAAAUCAGCUUGCUUAACCCUCAAGAUGGGGGACUUUUAAGUGAAAUUGCAGACAAGUGUCAGAACGAUAAGUAUCGGAGAGCUAUUAAGAGAAGGAAGUUUAUCGACCAAUUCCAGGCCCUCUCUCUAAGUGACGAGUCUGAAGAAGUGAUAUGCAACCGUGCUAUACCAACUCAGGAACACCUCUUACCUCUGAACAAGCGCAAAUAAGAGAGAGACAAAAUUUGAAGAAAAACAGUACACUAGGACUCGAAUUAUGCUACCUCUUGAUACUAGUGAGCAAGAAGAGGUCAGGAAGAUGUCUAAGGGCUACUCCCAUUUACAGAAGACCUUCUAUAAAGACAAAGUUGAUGUGCUGGGCUCGUUACAGAACGAAACAGCCAGCUGUACUACUGUAGCACUUCCUUCUCAAAUUCAGUUAGAAGAUAAAAUCUAUGCAUUAAUGCUAAGGUGCCAAGAGUAUUGUCCUCAUAUUUAUGGCAAGCUUCAUAAGUAUUUAAGAAAGUUCAUGGCUAAACAUUACGGAUUUCAAGAUUCAAGACCAACUAUGGUUAAUAUGAUCCAGUUCAUCACAACAAUUCCUGGAAGGAACUUGCUUAACAAGGUAGUCUCAAAGAUUUAUAAAGGAAGUCACAGAAUUGAUCAGUUCAUGCCUAGUGAUGACUUUAUCAAAAUUAACUGUCAAAAGUCUCAGUUUAACUGUCUUGAGACGAAUGACAACCUUGCCAAAAAGAUUAUUAAUCCUGACUAUGGCAAAAUGAUAACCGCUACUGAGGUAAUUCCAAGUAAGCUUCUGGAGGGGUAAGAGACUAGGUGACGACCUAUCCCUAAGCGAUGAUGAAGAAAUCAAUCAGUUCUCUAUGGAUUAUGAACUAGAUAUUUACGAUGGUUCUUAUGAGGUUAAACAUCUCGAUGAGCUACUCUCGCACAGCUUCUGGUAAGAGUUUUCAAUUGCUGUGCACUCUGGAGGGCAAGGCCAGUUCAUAAAUUUAUAUAGGAGUGGUAAAGAUUAUGAAAUGAUAGAAGAAAGUCCAAGACUCCUCCCGAUCACCUACAAUAAAAUAGAAGAGAUAGACUAAUUAUUAAUGCCGUGUGAUGAAAAUUUC